AUGUCGAUAGAUUUUGAAAAUCGCAGUUCUGAUGGUAAAUUGUUCCAUAAAACGGGUUCUUUGGAUUUGAAAAUUCGACUAGUUGUAUGUUGGAGAUUUUUUGUUUAUGGCUUUGUAGCCGGUGCAAUUUCUGCAGCACCACCAGCCGUGGCAUCAGCAGCGGCAAUACCAGCAAAUAUGAAAGACACCACAAAGGGAAUUCUUGAUACCAUUCGUGCAGAAGUGAGAGACGAAAUUAAAGCUCUAGCAGAAAUAUCAAACAGCAUCAAUGGUAAAUAUGAGCAUGUAUUGGAACAGAACGAGAUGCUUCGGGAAGAAAUUAAAGUAGUUAAAAACGAAAAUGGAGAUUCGAAAAGGUUAGUGUGUGAAAAUUCGUGUCAAUGA